CUUUGCAUCAAGCAUCUACGAUGGCGCCCCGCACCGAGGAAGAGCUCCUAUCAUACGGCGUCAUGGACCCAACCAUGACAGACGCACUAGUCCGAUUUCCGGUCCGGGACCCGCAGCCCUCGGACCCGUACUACGGUGAUGACUCUCACUCGGCAUAUCGGGCGCACCGGGCUGCUACUCUUCGCGAGAAGCAUCACCUGCGCUGCAUCCCCGAUCCGAUCCCGGACCAGGUUAGCGAGGAAGAUCGCAAGAUUACUGUUCGCGAUGGUGCGGAGAUCACGGUGCGGAUUUAUCGCCCGGUCGAGAAGCCGGCGCGGGGAAGCCCCUUGAUUGUCAUGUAUCAUGAGGGCGGGUUUAGCAUGGGCGAUAUAAGCGACGAGGAGACUAACUGUCGACUCUUUAGUCGGGAUCUGGGUGCUAUCUGCGUCAAUGUCGAUUAUCGACUUGCGCCCGAGCACCCAUUCCCAACUUGGGUCUACGACUGCUGGGACGCAUUGCAAUGGGCAGCCAAAAACGCAGCAUCUCUCGGCGCAGAUCCAUCCCUCGGUUUUAUCAUCGGCGGCGGUUCAGCAGGAGGCAACAUCAGUGCUGUCCUCGCGCACAUCGCACGAGACGAGAAGCUUGAUCCGCCGUUGACAGGCCAAUACCUCUGCGUACCAGCGAUAAUGGGUUUCACACCACCUACACUCAUCUCGCCACUAUACCGCAAGGAGUACCUUUCGCAUCCAGACGUCACGACCAAUAUCGACCCGGUUCUUAAAACCAGGUCCGGUGCGGAGUGGGCUGAGGUACUUCAUGGGAUUCUGAAAGCGCCAUGGGCCGAUCCACGCGUCACGCCUUUCUUGUACGGCGGGAUGGAGAACGGACAUCGCAAUCUUCCGCCUGCAUAUUUACAGAUAUGUGGCUUGGAUCCUCUGAGGGACGAGGGUCUCAUCUACGAGAGAGUAUUGAGAGAGGAGGCAGGUGUCAAAACGCGGUUGGACAUGUAUAAGGGGUUCGGUCAUUAUUUCUGGACUAACUGGCCGCAACUUGACAGGAGUCGCGAGUUUGUGGAAGAUACCGUUAAGGGCGUGAAGUGGUUACUUGAGCAGAAGCAGUGAUUCUAGAUUCUUGGCACAUCUAUGUCAACUCUACUAGAGAUUGCAUGCUACAGAUAUCCUAAAAUUCAAUUGGCGAACCACUAUUUUACACAAAUGAUAAUAUUUCA